AUGGCCAACGACGAAUAUGACUUCCUCUUCAAAGUGGUGCUUAUUGGAGACUCUGGAGUCGGAAAGUCCAACCUUUUGAGUCGUUUCACCCGCAAUGAAUUCAACUUGGACUCCAAGUCAACCAUCGGUGUGGAGUUCGCGACCCGAUCCAUUCAAGUCGACUCGAAAACGAUCAAGGCACAGAUUUGGGAUACUGCUGGUCAGGAGCGCUACCGUGCGAUCACCUCUGCCUACUACCGCGGCGCCGUCGGUGCCCUCCUUGUUUACGAUAUCAGCAAGCACCAGACCUAUGAGAAUGUAACACGGUGGUUGAAGGAGCUGCGGGAUCAUGCCGACUCGAACAUCGUUAUCAUGCUUGUCGGUAACAAGAGCGAUUUGCGUCAUCUGCGUGCGGUCCCCACAGACGAGGCCAAGCAGUUUGCCAGCGAGAACAACCUUUCCUUCAUUGAGACAUCCGCCCUUGACGCCAGCAAUGUUGAGUUGGCCUUCCAGAACAUCCUCACAGAAAUCUACCGCAUCGUGUCCAGCAAGGCUAUCGACAACGGGGACGGUGGUCAGCAGGUUCUUACUCGUGAGCCUGUGAUCAACCCCAGCAAGAACGACAGUGAGCAGAAGCCGGGCUGCUGCUAA